AUGAAAUGGCCACUAUGUUUUCAAAGAGCUGUUGAUACUUGGGAAAGAAGGUCGAAAGCUGCUGGCCUCAAAGUUAUGGCUGACCAUAACGGCACUUCAAAUCCUGAAAAGGCUAAUGCUCAACUCAAGAAAGCUGGAGAAAUUUUUGAAUCUUUAGGGAAGGCAGAUUCUGCUACUUGGACUAGGCACCGGAUGGUGAGACCAAAGCUUGGUCAAGCUUUCACAACAAGUACUUCUAAGAGGCUGAGAGACAAAGUUUGGUUAUGGCAUAAACGUCUUGGGAUGCCUCGUUCGAGUCAUCGUGUUCCGUUCCCAUUAAGUACAAAUAAAAGUUUGGUUCCCUUCUCCCUUAUUCAUUCUAAUGUUUUGGGGCCUUCUCAAAUAGCUACUUUGGCUAGAGCUCAAUGGAUCAUGGCUUCAUACAUCAAUGCUCGUGUCCAUAUACUCCCCAACAAAAUAGGGUGGCUGAGCGAAAGAACUGACUGUUCCAAGAACAAGACAUACAUUUUUCAGAAGCAUAGGAGGAGAAUCUUUAGCGAAACACCUCAAAUUUUCUGGACUUUUUCACAAUGGAAGAGAUUCAGCAUCAAAGUGACCGGUCGCCCCUCCAAAACGACGGUUGCCCUCCUUAUUCCUUCACAGGCGGAGCCACUGUGUCAAAACGACUGGUUGCUUUGUCCUCUUUUGCCCAACAUUGAGCCUAUGUCUCUAGUGGAAAACAACCAGUCGACUCCAUGCUGCCAAAAUCAAGAGGAGGAAGUUGAACUGUUUUAUGAGAUUUUGCCUGCUCUAGACCUGCUUUUAGCUCUAGUACCACGCCAAUCACCUUAUGAGGAAUUCAUUCAGGUAACAUCUCCCCCUGAAUCUAAUAACACUAAUGUGAAUUUGUUGCUCCCAACCUUGUCAAUAGGUCCCAUGAACGGUGACGUUCCGCCGUAA